AAUGUUUGUGUUUGUAUCUGUCGAAAGCUUGGCCGCCGCCAUGUUUUCCUAACAGACGUAAUGCGCGGAGGAUCAUGGGAUGCCCUUGCACCAUAUGUUCUCCUGCAACAUGAUGAGACCACAUGUGGGCUGACCUUGCCAGUUGAGGCCACGCCCGGUGUCUUCCUAAACGGCUUCAUUCUGGAGUGAAGAGGGUGGUGUCACACUGGUAUAAAUAUCUGCCCGGUAAAGAUAUAGACCUGUUGCUUCACGACACGUAUUAUAACUUCUUAUCGUUCAACUCAGUCAAAUGGAGGCGAAAGGUACUUCACCACAACAGUGAUGGGGACAGGAAGCCGCGUUAACACAGCUUCAAGCAUUUCAUUUGUAAGUUCACCUAAAAUGGACUUGGAGACAGCACUGAGGGAUUGCUCCACUGCCCUUAAUCUUUUUAUGAACAACAGGUUCGCUGAUGCUCUGGCUCUCUUAGCACCCUGGAAAAGUGAGAGCAUGUGCCAUGCAAUGGGCUACAGCAGCAUCUUAGUGAUGCAGGCAGCCAUGACCUUUGAACCAAAGGACUUGGAUGCUGCCAUGACAUCACUGAAAGAAUCCCUGCAGACAUGCCAGAGAUAUCGGAAGAAAGCUGGACUAGUGGAGACUCUGACCAGCCUGUGGUAUAGACAACCAACUGAUAAUCUGACAGAGGAAGAGAUGCAUGCAGAGCUGUGCUACGCUGAGGUUCUCCUGCAGAAAGCAGCUCUCACAUUCCUGGAUGAGAGUUUAAUCAGCUUCAUUAAAGGAGGAAUGGGAAUGCGAAAGAGUUAUCUGAUUUACAAGUUUUGCCAAAGUAUGGAAAAUGUCACAAAAGACACUGGAACACAGAAGAGUACACACAUUCAUUUUAGGGGCGGUGUCAACAUGGGCAUUGGAACAUUUAAUCUGGUGCUGUCUCUGCUUCCACCCAGAGUCCUCAGACUGAUGGAGUUUUUGGGCUUCUCAGGAGACAGGGAGAUGGGUUUGUCUCAGUUGAGAGAGGGAGCAGCAAGCAACAGUUUGCGUUCUAUCCUGAGCACCAUAACUCUUCUGAUGUUUCAUCUCUACAUCACAGUGAUACUCGGCACCGGGCAAGGAAACCUAACUGAGGCUGAAGCCCUGCUGGCACCAUACAUUGAAAAGUUCCCUAAUGGAGUCAUCAUUCUUUUCUACACUGCAAGAAUUGCUUUGCUCAAAGGAAAUAUCACAUUAGCUCGGGAAAAGUUCAUGGCAUGUAUUGCAGCACAGGAAGAGUGGCAUCAGAUUCAUCACGUGUGUUACUGGGAGCUGAUGUGGACCCACUCCUUUGAACAAAAUUGGAUUGAGGCUUAUCGAUAUGCAGAUCUGCUCUCCAGGGAGAGCAAGUGGUCCAAGGCCAUCUAUGUGUUCCACAAAGCCGCCAUCUUGAGCAUGCUCCCAGAGGAAGAUGUGACUAAACUGGGAGAGAAUGUGGUGGAAUUAUUCAGGCAGGUGGAUGGUCUCAGAUUGACAAUUGCUGGGAAAUCAAUUCCAACUGAGAAGUUUGCAGCAAAGAAAGCCCAACGCUACUGUUCCUCUAACCCUGUGAAAUUAGUCGUCCCUGCUUUGGAACUGAUGUAUUUGUGGAAUGGUUUCACAGUAGUAGGCAAACGACCUGAGUUGACUGAAAGUAUCUUGAGCACCUUGGUGAAAGCAGAGGAGCAGCUCAGAGAUGAUCCAAACCCAUCAGAGUAUCAUCUGGAUGACCAGUGUGUUGUCCAGUUGUUGAAGGGCUUGUGUCUAAAAGGCCUGGGCCGUCUAGUUCAGGCUGAGCUUUGCUUCACCCAGGUCAUUUCAAGUGAAUAUGAUAUUAAGCAUUACAACUAUUUGGUGCCAUAUACCAGGUAUGAGUUGGGAAUGUUACACAAGGAGAAAGGUGACAUCAACACAGCCAUCAAAUUGAUUGACAGUGUCAAGAUGAACUACAAAGACUACAACAUGGAGUCGAGGCUGCACUUCCGUAUCCAUGCUGUUCUUGACACCAUGGGCUCUUUUUCAGCCAAACCUCGCCCUUCACGUACAUCAGCAUGAAAGACCCUAUGGCAGGAAAUGACAAAAAAAGCCUUGUGUGGUGCCAUCAGCUCUGCCACUAAACUUGGGGGCGGGACGAUUCAGACCUGUGUAGUAAAUUAAAAUACAUCUUGUCAAUGGAGAGAUUCUUGGGGAUGAAAAAAAGUUUACAAGAAAAAGGCUCAUUUCAAUAGUUCUACUUUUUGACUUUUCCAAUAAUAUCCAGUUUGAGAAUAUUUCACAUCUUGCUUGUAUUCUUCAUUAGAUUAAACUCCUUUCAUUAUUAUAAGCUAAUUAAUCUAUGCAAAUAACUGUCUUCUAUGUCCAGUGCAGUAUGAAUAGGUCUGCUUUGAUAAAUGGUAUUUGCUGAAUAAAUCUUAUGAAUCAAAUUACAGCAUUUUUAUGAUAACACACAAUGUAAGGUAUAGGCCAGGUGGACAUUUUUAUGAAGUUAAGAUGCCUUUUUACUAAAUAUAUAACAGCUUUCUUAACAAACUCUGCAGUACUGCAUGAAAAUUGUAUAUGUUCUUAAAGACAUGUCAUACAAAUAGCUUUUGCAAGCUGUCUUGUCUGUAGUGGCCAAACCUUUGUACAUGCCACAAUUAUUGUUUGCCUUCAUUAAAAAGUAACAGUUCAUUAACAAUUAAAUCCUGCUUGCUUCAGGAGAUGUAUUUAAUUACUGUCAUUUAAAACAAAAUAUGUAAUGUGACCAAACCUCUGGAUCCGUGUAUCAUCCGAUCAUUCGAUUUGAUUUAACUUGCAAAUGACAAAACGGAUAAAUUGUUCAGAAUUUCGUUUUUGUAGAUGUGAAAAAAGGAAAACUACUGACU